GCGGAACUUCGCGCCUUCAGCCUGCCGCGCGGGAAGAAAUUGGGGGCAUGAGACAAGGGCGGGAGGUAGGGGAGAGAGGAAUUAGACCUUCUAGCCUAGAGCCGCCGGAGCUCGGCGGACCAAAUCUUCGGCGAAUCGCGGGCGCGCGGGCACAGCCCAGUCAGCGACGCCACACAUCUCUGCCCGUCGCUCCUUGCAUCCCCUCCAGCAGCUCGAUUGGAGCCCAGCCGUCUCUCAAACUGAGCAGUACUGCUCCAGCGGCGGACCAAAUUCCCGCCGAGUCGCGGGUGCGCGGGCGCAGACCAACCAGCGAUACCGCACAUCUCCGCCAUUCGCUCCUCGCAUCCCCUCCAGCAGCUCGAUUGGAGCCCAGCCGUCUGCCAGAUUGAGCAGUACUGCCCCACCCUGCCUCCUUGACGGCCGCCAGCAUCAAAUAUCCUUGCCCGCAGGCCCUCAGCUCCGACCUCUGUUCCGGCAAGCCCCAAGAUGACGGGUUACUUCGACAUCGAUGACAUCCUCAUGGAGGAUGAGCCUAUUUCUGUUGUUUUCCAUGUGACUGCAAAUGGUGUCGGCAUGCUAGAUCCUGGCGCUGAAAGUAACUGUGUAGAGAAGGGUGCCAAGGUAGAGCUCCCAUUUUGGCUUGCGCAUGGGCUGCUGUCUCUGGAACAAGCUGUGUCAAUAAAUCCGCCUCCAUGCUUCACACAGAAAACUCGAAAAGAGAUCCAAGCUGAUGCGGCCUGUGUGGACUUGAAGGUUCGUUGCCCCUACUUUUAUGAGCUAGGGUGCAAGAUUGUUCCUUUGGUGACUGACAAAAGCAUUGGCCUGUUCUUGCACUAUGCAUUCACCAGUCGGUACAAAGAGGUUCUAAGCAAGUCUCACAGUUCUUCCAUGAUGACAGUGCCCAAGUUUGUCCCACGCCUUACCAAAGAAGAAACUCGUGUAUUUGAAUCUGCUAGGGAAUCGAUGGCUGCUUUCAAGAAAUGGCGUGCUGGUGGUGUGAGGUUGCAUAAGGCUUCCAUCCUUGGCAGGAAGAGGAAGACAAAGCUACCUGAUGGGACUUCUACUCCUUGAACCUGCAGGUUUAAGGUCUCCAUGGAAUGGAGUACUUGAGCAGUCUACCUGAUAUGUUCAUGUAUGUUCACUAAUGGAGUGCUUGUCUGCUUGAGUAGUCUACCUGAUAUGUUCAUGUAUGUUCACUGAUUUGAGCUCUUAGUGUAAAGAAAGAGAAGGCUAGCAGCAAUUUAAUACUUCCCCUAUCACACAUCUGUCUUGUAUUCUGGUGCACCUUCGAUGUGCAUCUCUUUAGCCAGACAGGACAGGUGACAGCAGGUCUGAUCUGUUCUUGUUUGGAGGGAGCAAAUCUGUAGGAGUCUUAAACUGGGUAUCUA